UACAAAAAAGUUUUGGAAAAAGUUUAUUUGGAUAGUGACGGCAAAAUUGUAAAGAAACCAAAGAAAAAGAAUGAUAAAAAGACUAUCGAAGCAGAUAAAAAUUUAGUAGGAAGUAAGUCAAUAUUUGAAAAAUUUGGACCUGUUGACCAAGAAUUAACUAAUUCACCUUCGGAAAGUGGCACACAACAAAUUGUUGUCGAAGCUGUAAUUGAGCAUGAACCCAGUGUGUCUGCAGGAGUAAAGAAUGUUCUACAAAAAUCCAAGUAUGAUAAAAACAUAAAAUGUGAUUCUUUGCCGUUAAUGAAAAAAUCAAGUGAUGAAAACUUUGACAUUAUUGAGUCUAUUCAAACAGUUGAUCUCUCAUCUACGGAUGAUAAGUCGAUAAAUAAACCAAAAAGAAUUCGUUGGAGAGACAAUGGGGUAAUUAAAAAUAAAAUAACGAUAAAAAGCCAGGAUACAACAGUUUCUGAGAUAAGAGGUGAUCCAAAAGACUCUCAGAAAACUAAAAUUGAUGAAGUUAAAGAUUCAGUAGAAAAAAUUGAGAAAAAAUCGAUUCCUACUGAAACCAACUCUCAUUUUAAGCCUAAAACUGAUUCUAAAUGUCAUCAAAAAUCAUAUUUGAACAGCAAAAAAGACUUAGUAGUGGAGAAUAACAAGUCAAAUGUUUAUCCUUCGAGCUUCGACAUAGGAGAUCAAGAAAAUCCUGAGCAUAUUAAAGAGGGAGAUGCAUAUAGUGACAAAAAUGAUAUAAUAGAGGAAAAUAAUAAGUUAGAUAGUCUGCUUUCCAGCUCUGAUUCAGAAGAUGAACCAAGUCCGGAGAAAAGUGUAAUUGUUGACGAUACCAGUGUAGUAAGAAAGAGGAGGAAGCGAGUUAUUCCUAUUUCCAGCUCUGAUUCAGAAGAUGAACCAAAUUCUGUGAAUAUUGAAGCUGCUCCUGGUGGAUCCAAAAAUUAUAAUCGAAAGGGAAAUUCCAAAAGUAAGAUCAUGCAUAAAAAGUCCAACAGAGAGCCAGAAAAAUUAAAUUAUUCAGAUAUUUAUUCUGACACUGCAUCAAAUGAUAGUUCAAAGAAACAGGAAGAAAUCAACAAUGACAAAACACGUGAUAAUACGGGAAAAGAAAAUAAACAAUUACGUGCUCGUAAAGGACGAAGUUCAGAGUCAUUUAUUGAAAACGUAAUUGCCCAUGGUCCAACUCUUUUUGAUCAUAAUGAUCAAAGUCGUUCUUCCCUCAUCAUUACGCAAGACAACAUCGAUUUCCUCGAAAAUUUAUUGCAAUAUGUCAAAUGUUUGUAUGAAAAACAAACGACAGAACCUGCCUCACUACCAUCAGUAUCUCGCAGGAAUGAUUGCGAUAAUCGUAAAAGUAAAUUUAAGGCAAGUUGAAGUGGUGCUCAGUAGCCUAUUGGAUCUGGCUCUUACUUAUUACCAAAGCAUUGGUCCGGGUUUUCGAGCCCGACGUACACCAAUGAAUAUUAUCAAUAUUAAAGUGUAUUAUUUUUCUCAGCCUAAAAACGAGUCCAACCACAAAAAGUUUGCUCCCUACCGUAGUCGUUCAUGA